AUGUCUCCCGCUGCCUCCAACGGCACCAAUGGUGCGAAUGGUGCUUCCAACCCAACUGGCGGUCUGUCUGCCAACGACAACAUUCGCAGAUUCGCUGCCCCCAGCAGGCCACUGAGCCCUCUCCCCGCCCACGCUCUCUUCAACGACAAGACGAGAUGCUUCGUCUACGGCAUGCAGCCCCGCGCCGUGCAGGGCAUGCUCGAUUUCGACUUCAUCUGCAAGCGGGCGACCCCCUCCGUCGCCGGCAUCAUCUACACAUUCGGCGGCCAGUUCGUCAGCAAGAUGUACUGGGGCACCAGCGAGACUCUUCUCCCGGUCUACCAGGAGGUGCCCAAGGCCAUUUCCAAGCACCCCGAUGUUGAUGUCGUUGUCAACUUUGCUUCCUCCCGCUCAGUCUACCAGUCCACCAUGGAGCUGAUGGAGUACCCCCAGAUCAAGACCAUUGCCAUCAUUGCUGAGGGUGUCCCCGAGCGUCGUGCUCGUGAGAUCGCCCACAUUGCCAAGAAGAAGGGCGUCACCAUUAUCGGCCCUGCCACCGUCGGUGGCAUCAAGCCCGGCUGCUUCAAGAUUGGUAACACUGGUGGUAUGAUGGACAACAUUGUUGCUUCCAAGCUCUACCGCAAGGGUUCCGUCGGCUACGUUUCCAAGUCCGGUGGCAUGUCCAACGAGCUCAACAACAUUAUUGCCAACAACACGGAUGGUGUCUACGAGGGUGUGGCCAUUGGUGGUGAUCGGUACCCCGGCACCACCUUCAUUGACCACCUCUUGCGUUACCAGGCCGAUCCUGGGUGCAAGAUCCUCGUCCUCCUCGGUGAGGUCGGUGGUGUCGAGGAGUACAAGGUCAUUGAUGCCGUCAAGCAGGGCAUCAUUACCAAGCCCAUUGUCGCGUGGGCUAUCGGUACCUGCGCCAGCAUGUUCAAGACUGAGGUUCAGUUCGGCCACGCUGGUGCCUUUGCCAAUUCUCAGCUCGAAACUGCCAAGAUGAAGAACGAGAGCAUGAGGGAGGCCGGUUUCUACGUCCCCGAGACCUUCGAGGACAUGCCCGCUCUCCUCGGGCAGGUGUACGAGAAGCUCGUCAAGGAGGGCACCAUCAAGCCCCAGCCCGAGCCCGUUGUGCCCAAGAUCCCCAUCGAUUACUCGUGGGCCCAGGAGCUUGGUCUCAUCCGCAAGCCCGCUGCCUUCAUUUCCACCAUUUCCGAUGACCGUGGCCAGGAACUCCUCUACGCUGGUAUGCCCAUCUCGGACGUGUUCAGGGAAGAUAUCGGUAUCGGUGGUGUCAUGUCUCUGCUGUGGUUCCGCCGCCGCCUCCCACCAUACGCCUCCAAGUUCUUGGAGAUGGUCCUCAUGCUUACCGCUGACCACGGCCCCGCCGUGUCGGGUGCCAUGAACACCAUCAUCACCACCCGUGCCGGUAAGGACCUGAUCAGCGCUCUCGUCUCUGGUCUCCUCACCAUCGGUUCUCGUUUCGGCGGUGCCCUUGACGGUGCCGCCGAGGAGUUCACCAAGGCCUUUGACAAGGGCCUCAGCCCCCGUGAGUUCGUCGACAGCAUGCGCAAGGCGAACAAGCUCAUUCCCGGUAUUGGUCACCGUGUCAAGUCCCGCAACAACCCCGAUUUGCGUGUGGAGCUCGUCAAGGAGUACGUCAAGGCCAAGUUCCCCAACCACAAGCUUCUCGACUAUGCGCUCGCCGUCGAGACCGUCACCACCUCCAAGAAGGACAACCUCAUUCUCAACGUCGACGGCUGCAUUGCCGUCUGCUUCGUGGACCUGGUCAGAAACUGCGGUGCCUUCACCGCCGAGGAGGCCGAGGACUACCUCGGCAUGGGUGUGCUCAACGGUCUCUUUGUUCUUGGUCGCAGCAUUGGUCUUAUUGCCCACUACCUCGAUCAGAAGAGACUGCGUACUGGCCUCUACCGCCAUCCUUGGGAUGAUAUCACCUACCUUCUUCCUUCCCUCCAGCAGUCUGGUCCUCCAGGCGCCGAGGGCCGUGUUGAGGUGCAGAUGUAA